AUGGCUAACCCAAUCGCACCCGCCGCCGCCUCGCCGGCCGCCUCGCAAACGAUCCGACAACAGGCCCGCACUUCGGUCCGUAUGAGCACGUACAGCACCAUGGCACCCUCGCUGACGCCGACGACCGACUCUGCAGGCGCAGAGAUCAGCGACAUCGAAAAGGGCCUCGACCGAAUGGAGAACAAGGCGCUAUCCAAGCAGCGUGUCGUCCUGAGCGAAGAGAAGUGGGCCAACAUGUCCAAGCUUGCCCUCGGCGCCAAGCUCGAGCGCGCUCUCGACAGGAGAAUGUCGUCACAGGACGCUGUCAUGCGGCCGAGGACCAACAGCAGCAUCAAGAACAAGCCGAAAUCGGUGCCUCUUAUCGUGCAGGAGAAGGCUUAA